CCGGCGGGCGCGGCGCGCAGGCGCAGGCGCGGAGGGCGGGCGCGGGCGGAAUGGGGACUGCAGCGGCGGCAGCGGCGGCGGCCGGGGAGGGGGCGCGCAGCCCGAUCCCCGCCGCCGUGUCGCUCGGCCUGGGCGUGGCCGUCGUGUCGAGCCUGGUGAAUGGGUCCACGUUCGUGCUGCAGAAGAAGGGCAUCGUGCGGGCCAAGCGGCGAGGUACCUCCUACUUAACAGACAUUGUGUGGUGGGCUGGCACAAUUGCAAUGGCUGUCGGCCAAAUUGGAAACUUCCUGGCUUACACGGCGGUCCCCACAGUGCUCGUGACUCCCCUGGGUGCCCUCGGAGUGCCAUUUGGGUCCAUUUUAGCUUCUUACCUUCUGAAGGAAAAGCUCAACAUCCUGGGCAAGUUGGGAUGUCUGUUGAGCUGUGCAGGCUCCGUGGUCCUCAUUAUCCACUCCCCCAAGUCUGAGAGUGUGACAACGCAAGCUGAGCUGGAGGAGAAGCUGACCAAUCCAGUGUUUGUGGGUUACCUGUGCAUCGUGCUGCUCAUGCUCCUGCUGCUCAUCUUCUGGAUUGCACCAGCCCACGGGCCCACCAACAUCAUGGUCUACAUCAGCAUCUGCUCCCUACUGGGGAGUUUCACUGUGCCUUCCACCAAGGGCAUUGGGCUGGCAGCCCAAGACAUCUUGCACAACAACCCGUCCAGUCAGAGAGCCCUGUGCCUGUGCCUGGUGCUGCUGGCUGUGCUGGGCUGCAGCAUCAUCAUCCAGUUCAGGUACAUCAACAAGGCGCUGGAGUGCUUCGACUCCUCGGUGUUUGGGGCCAUCUACUACGUGGUGUUCACCACCCUGGUCCUGCUGGCUUCAGCCAUCCUCUUCCGGGAGUGGAGCCAUGUGGGCCUGGUGGACUUCCUGGGCAUGGCCUGUGGAUUCACGACCGUCUCUGUGGGCAUUGUGCUCAUUCAGGUGUUCAAAGAGUUCAAUUUCAACCUGGGGGAGAUGAACAAAUCCAAUAUGAAGACAGACUAGGAUGCAGCGGGGUUGAGGGGCUCAAGAACAGGCCUUGGAGGUGGUUCCUGGUCUUGAUUGGAUGUCGCGUGGAAGAGACCCUCAAUCCCCGGUGUUCGACUUGCCUGUGUACUAACAGGUGGCCUGGAGGACCGUGGGGAGUCUGGCUGGGCACCAGGGCAGGAGCCCAGCCUGAAGCUGCCCGACAGUUGACUGGGCAUCAUCUCUCUCUCUGACGAGACGAAUCGCAUUUUCAUUCCCAUUAACCUGGAAGCUUUCAUGACAACUCUUCCCUUCUAUAACAUUUUAACAUUAUUUAAACAAAAUAAAAACACAGCUCUUUCUGGUUUCAUUGUAGGAGAGCAGAUAUACUUAUGGGGUUGCUUCAGAAAUUGGAGAAAUUGUCUUGAAAUCAGGCUCUGUGUGGUAAAUGUGCCUGUCGUUGAGUUGGUUUGUAUUAGCACGUAUCACAUUCAGGUACAUCAUCCAGAUAAGUAUGUACCCUGAAUUGUUUUUAUUUCUCUGAUGAGGUGACCGUCCCCCUGACCCAUUCCCGCACAUUUUGAUAGCAAAUAGAGAGAGAAAUGACACAGAAGGUGAUAAUGCAGCAUUCCAUUGGCAGGAUGAUUUCUCAAUAGCUCAAAUCAAUUUCAGUGCCUUUAUCACUUGGGAUUAUUCACUUACCUUGAUUAUUACUCUGUGUAUAUUCUUUUAGACUAGGAUAGUGCAACUUCCUUGGUUAUACCUUAUUAUUUCAAUAUUCCAAUUAUAAAUAUAUAAAGCAGUUAGAAAUAAUAUACAUUCAUUGGAAGAUAGUCAAGACUCGAGAUGCAUUAGGGCAAAUUGACCCAUUUAGCAUGUACUUACUGUUCUCUCACACAAUUGGUUAAGUAGCAUGGGGUACUUUUAUUUGCAUUCAAUCUAUGUGAUUGAGAUCCAGCGUCAAAUAUCUACACCAUUCUUUUAGCAAGCAUUUGUGGCCAUACAAAAGUAAUAAAUUAUUUAACUUGAGAAAAAGGCUGUUAAAUCAAAGAACUAACAGUUCCACCACACAUAUAUUGAAUGUGCUGUAAUAUAGGAGCAUGUUAAGGGACAAUAGGCUAGUUUCUACAAAUUGAAACACAUAACAUUUUUCCAGAGAUUUUCUAGCAAAGAUGAAAGCAGUUUGGACAUCUCAUUAUUGUUUGAGAAGGCAGAGCAGCGUGCAGUUCCUCACGCUUCCUCUCCUGAAGCUUUCUAACGGUCAGGUUGACAUUAGUUAUUUCAGGAUUCACUUCAAAAAGCUCAUUCUUUUGCCAAUAGUAACCUUUCAUGCGCGUUUAGAGGAGGGAAGCAUGAAGUGAUUUCAUUGCGAGACAUACUUAAUGUGCAGUGUUCUAGUCUAAUUAGGAAACCAUUCCAAGUUCAAAGAUGAGAUUGAGUAGAAUAGAUGAAGUAGAACGUGACAUUUAAUAAUGUCCAGUUAAAGUUAAUAAGAAAAAUACAUUUUUUUUCUCCAGGCAAAAAGAACAUUUUUUAAACAGUUAUUAUUUUUAAAGAUGCAAGGAAUAGUUGUCUAAAGUGUUUAAUAAAGAGAUUAUAUAAAAUAAGACUACUGUAAUGUGACAGAGAGUGUAAGACACCUCUUUGAAUUAAAAGUAUCAAGUGAUGAUCGUAGAUUGUAGUGAUUUGUGAAUUAAGAGCAGUAAGGAAAUUAUUUGAAAAUGUUUUUAGAUUUUUCACUAACUUAUAAUUAAUAUAUGUUUAAAAAGUGGAUGAUUCUUUUUUAUCAGUUCUUGAUGUUUUUGUUUUUAUCACCAGUAUUUUUUAUAAAUGCAGAUCUUAAUUUAUUGAACUUUCUGAAUUUGUAAUGAAUUUACUGAACCUUCUGAAAAUAGUACAUAGCAGUAACAGUGCAUUGGUAGGCUUAAGGUGGUUUUCCUGGAUAAGGGGUUUAAGAUGUUCAAAGAACAGUGAGAAAGUUCAUGUGUCAGAUGGAAUUGAUCAUGAUUAUUUUGCUGUAGCUUCCAUGUAAAGCUUAAAUGCACCUGUUAGUGUAUGUUAGUAUAUUUUAAUCCACAGUUAUACUAUGGAUACUGACGUGGUAUGUGUUCUGAAUAAUCUUCCCUAUGAGUUUAAAACGGAAACAAACUUUUGAAACGUUAUUGGCUUUACUCGUCUUAAGGAUGGCAGGUGCUGGAACAGGUAGAAUUUCCCAGAGCUGCAUCAGUUCAACGGAUGGCUUUGGUAGAACACACUGUUUUGUCCCCAAGUGUACAUAGCAUUUAUUGUUUUUCAGCUAGCCUCCAGGUAAUUGACAUGCUAGUGAUUUGGCUGUCUGAUUUUCAGGCUAACAUAGAAUUUGUAAAUUCUGACUUGAUAGUAUUCAUUUAUCAAUUCAUAUUUUUGUAUUUUAUUUUUAUAUUUUAUGUGGGAAAUGUCAAGAAUAAAAAAUCCCUGAAUUGAAACUUUGGGAGGAGGGCCUCAAAUAGGAAUAAAUCUCUUUAUUAACCUUUUAAAAAGUAAAUACAUAUGAAACAAUUCUAUCAACAUGAUUUUUUUCAAGUGUCAUUUCUGAUAACGUUAAGGAAAAAUAGCUGUUUGUUUGCAAACUCCUUGAAGACUGAAGGGUUUUGAUCACCAUUUGAGGAUUUAUUCUUGCUAGAUGCUAAAAUAGGCCAUUUCUCACCUUUCCUGCUUGGACAAUGCUUUUCUCAUUUCAAUCUUUGCAUCUUAAUAGACUGCCUCUUGUUCUGUUCAUUGAUCUAGUGUAGGACUGAUUAAGGAUUCUGACCCAAACCCAGGACUCCAGAGACCACCCUGGAGUGUUCUGCUCGUCUGCAGGAUGCCUGAGUCCCUGAAGAAGGUUCUGGAAAGAAAGGACAGCCUGCUGCUUCUCAAGUGCAGGGAAAGGCGCUGCCUAGGCCGAGACCUCUGCGAAAGAAUCCGCUUUCCUGGUGGCCUUGCCUCUUGCUCAGACUGUCACCUUUGUCUUUUCUUAUCAGGUUGACAGUAAAAGGCAUUGCUGCUCUUUGUUCAGUGAUAAGAAAUAUUCUUUCAAUCCUACUUUUCAAACCAUUUUGUUGCACUCAGUUGUACUUCCCCAAAUUUGCCCCAGCGGUAGUAUGUUGGUUUCAUCCUUCCCUGGGUUUCAUGUCUGCUGUCGGAUAGAAGAGAGCACUAGUUGAAUGCACAGUCACCGCUCAUCUUUCUAUAGAGCUCAGCUCUUGGUAAACACCAUGCCUGACCGCUGGCUGCCAGUUCCUAGACUUCUGGACAACACUGAGAUGCUAGUGUCUGCCAGGUAUGGGCACAUGUUUGGUGCAUGGCAGGUGUUGGUGUCACAGUGCACUUCCCUGCUGCACAGCCCUUCUUGGGGGAUGAUACCUCUUUUCCAAGCUGCUUAACUGAUCUAGUAGAAUGGAGAGAAUGCUCUGUUGGCUCAUCCAGCCGCAUCCUUUGCUCUUCAGUGAUGCCCACUAGAUCCUGCUUAGACUUCCUGUGAUUAUGUAGGAAAUUCAGAAGAGCCAGUUCAGUGGAAGGUCUGCCUGUAACUGUACGCCUUAGCUUCUGAGGGCCUGAAGCACCUGCCCCUUUCAAUGCAUCUGUUCACCUACCAAGCAGGGUUGGAUGUAAUCUUGAUGUUCUGUCUUCUCAGGGACCAAACAGGUAUCAUGGAGAACUUAGCACUGACCUUCCUGCCACGGACAUGACCAUGUUCAUUUGUUGUAUGUUUUACUCAUAUUCAUAGCUAGAUUCUGUUGAGUGGGAAAGAGAAAAGACUAAUUUGCACACCAGGCAUGCCACAGGAUAGUUCAUCCUAUAAAAUACCUCAAUUUUUUUCGUAUUCCUCAUUUCCACCUCACAAUUGUACUAAGUAAUGAACUUUAAAGAUCUGUCCUUUAGCAGAUAGGUAGUUUUCCACGCCUGGCCAUAUUCUUAUACCUCUGUUGUAUACUUGAAAAGAUUCAGAAUUGUAGGAUCAGGAAUGAGAAUUUGGCUGAAUAUCAGUGCUCACAUAUUUCCAUACACGUUUCUCAACGCUAUGAGAUGUAACAAACGAACUAUAUUUUAAGAAACUGUAACUUUGCUACAUCAAAAAUGUUGUCUAAUUAAAAAGUUGAUGUUCAAUAAAAUGAUGAUCAUGUAAAUAAAGCAUCUAUAUCAAAUGUACCCAAAGCAAUUAAAAGGCAGAGUCUAGGGCCCAGAUCAUAAGCCAGACAGAGGGGUCUAUUUCUUCUUCUUCUUUUUUUCCCUAAUUUUCCCUGAAUUGUGCAAAUGUAGGUGUUACUCAACCUUUCUGUGCCUCAGUUUUGCUACCUCUAAAGGGGUGAGUUGGUUUUCCAGUUGUUCUGUCUCCAGUGUCCUGGUGGCCUCCAGU